CAAAAGCAUGCAUUGGACAGAAAGAGAGUGAAAGAGUGAAAGAGAGAGGGUGAAGGAGUGAAAGAGAGAGGGUGAAAGUGCCACUGAAGAUAAUUGAUUACCUCCCAAUCAACAAUAACUUGUUAGCCAUAGUCAAUUGCCCUUCUCUUUUGGCUUCACCAUAGUCAGAGAAACAGCAUUGUCCCUCGGACUGUCAGGGCUGAGAAGAACACAUUCUUUUUAGGAGGCACCGUGGAAGAAGAAAAAAGUGGGUCGUAGGAGUCAAAAACCUCUACAACCGGGGACUGCAAAAAAAAAAUAAAAAAAAAUAAAUACAAAAAAAAAAGUGUCUUCAUUACUUGUAGACCACGGCUGCUCCUUUAAGAAGGCAGUGUUGAAAUUUGAGUUAUAUAACUUUUCUCUUAUCAGAUCCCUUUUCAAGACAUUUUGGUGGAAACGGGGAUAAAAAAUAAAGUGAAGAAUGACUUCCAAAGAAGAUGCGAAGGGUUCUUCAGUGGAAGAAAGAAGACGAAGCCCCCUGGAUCAUCUACCACCCCCGGCAAAUUCUAACAAACCACUCACCCCUUUCAGUAUCGAAGACAUCCUGAAUAAGCCAUCAGUAAGGAGAAGUUACACGAUCUGUGGGACCGCUCACCUACUCUCCGCCGCCGAGAAACACGCUCCUACUGGGCUUCCCCUGUCCGGCCGGGGACUGCUCACCCACACCUCCCCGCUCUGCGCCCUGGAAGAGCUCGCCAGCAAAACAUUUAAAGGACUGGAAGUCAGUGUUCUCCAGGCAGCCGAAGGAAGAGACGGGUUGACGAUUUUUGGCCAGAGGAACACUCCCAAAAAGAGAAGAAAGUCCCGAACAGCAUUCACCAACCACCAGAUCUAUGAACUGGAGAAAAGAUUUCUGUACCAGAAGUAUCUGUCACCGGCUGACCGAGACCAAAUCGCCCAGCAACUUGGUUUAACAAAUGCCCAAGUAAUCACGUGGUUUCAAAACCGCAGAGCCAAACUCAAGCGGGAUUUGGAAGAGAUGAAAGCGGAUGUGGAAUCCGCCAAAUCAGGUGUUCCAGACGGGAAAACUAUCACACUGGACUUUGAGCCUAAUCCCGGGGCCAUAGGCACGUCCAGAUCUCAAUCUCCACUGCUGUCCAACCAUGGACCGGAGACCCCCAGCAAACUGCAAAUGUCGCCAUCAUCACCAUUUACAGACCACGCCACGAGCCACGAAUGUUCAGAAGACGAGGAAGACGUGGAAAUUGACGUUGAUGACUGAUUUUUGUUACUCUUUUAUUAUAUUACUCUAAAAACUUUUAUAUAAAAAUUAUUCAAAGCAAGCAUGGACUAUGUACUAUAUGCUGCACUGUUAUAUAUGCUAUAUAUAAAACCAAGGCAGUUCUUUUCAAUUAAAGCAAUAAUCAGCAUACACAGACAAUGACACAGCACCAACGACUGCCAGAUCAGGUAGAUUUCGUUUUUAUGGAACGGUGCAAUGGUGCAAUUAUGUAUGGCUUCUGUAUAUUUAAAAAAAAAAAAAAAAAAAAAAAAUACAAAACUCAAAUACCAUGUAAAGUAACUAUGCUUUAAAAAUGU